UACAACUAGCAUUUCCCGUUCUUCUUAGCGGAAACAGAGGAGAGAUUGAAUGUGAAACUAUCUGAUCCAACGUAAUUACCUGAUAUUCAAAGUGAGAAACAAUAAAUACGAGAAGUUAGUUUGCGUUAAUUCAGUGAAUAAGUUGCUACUAUUCUAACAUGUUUUAUAAGAUUAUCAAAUGGCUAAUACAUUAAUGCUGCUAUUCUUGAAUACUAUCCUCCUUUGGCAUUCUAUUCGUCUGUAAAAGCACAUCAAAUACUGAAAAGGAAUUUGUUUCGGUCAUGAAGUAUGGCAUCCAGUAAGAAACCGACUUAUAAAGUCGAAACGAAGCCUGCGUUGGAAAGGAAACGACGAAAAUCGGACUUGGUUAUAAUGUGGCUAUCCUUUUGGGAUGUGACAGUGAACAUCUUCCAAGAAAUAUAUUUUACUUUCCUGCGAUUAUGGGAGAUAACAAAACUUUGGUUCAGUUCAAGCGAAAGCUUACAAGUGCAGACUUGGCUCGAACUAUACCUACCUCGAAUACCACAAGACUUUUCCGAAAGCUGGCGAGAUGGAGUUGUACUCUGUACUUUGCUGAAUAAAUUAAAACCUGGCUGUUUUCCAGACGCGCAGAAUUUGGAUAUUAAUUAUGGGCUGCGCAAUGUUUAUCGUGCCUUUGACGUACUAGAGCGUCAUUUCGGCAUUGUACCGAAAAUUUCUGUGGAAGAGAUAGUAACAUGUGUGGAGGGUUCUGACGUGAAACUUUUGGACAUCCUUCUUCAAUUAAAAGAAGCAACUGAUUCGAAAUCAACAAGUGAGGAAAAUACGUCCGAAACAGAUGAAAGUGAAAAUGACAAUCACGAAACGUCUAUGAGUAGCGAAGGUUGCAUUGUGAAAGGGACAGGCUUGGUAGUUGCCUUCCUAGGACGACUUGCAAAUUUCAAAAUAUUCUACGGAUCUUUAUCGGACUUAGAUUUUGUCAUAGAUAUCCGUGGUCCAACAAACUCCGUAUGCAGUAAAAGAAUUACAAAACGUUCUCCUAAAAAGAAGAAAAUAUCUGAAGCUUCAAAUUCUGAAAUAUCGAUUAAACGUUCUUCUUCAUAUUCUGAAUGUGUAUAUAAUGAUUCAAAAAUAGAAUCAGAUAAAGAAAAGGAGAAAGAACCAAGCCUCAUACCGUUCGAAUAUGAGAUUUGUAAAAAUCAGAUAAAUAUAGGCUAUAUGCCUGUAGAGAAAGGACAGCACAAGAUUAGUAUUUUAUGGAGAGGCCACCAUGUCUCAGACAGUCCUUACAUAUUAAUAGUCGAAGAUACUUUAGAUGUUCAUUGUGGUAGCACAGCACGUUUGAAAUCAGCAUUAAAGUCAGUGUCUAAUAACAAAGAAUACUCAGUUUGUAGGCGAUCAUCAGUGAGAUUUCAAGAUUAUGGAAAAAGAAAUGAACGUAUAGGGAAAGUGAUAAAUAAACGUGUCCUGAGACAUAUAGUUAAAAUCGAAGGUAAAGAUAUUGUUGUUAACGCGACUAACAUCGAGUCUUUGGCUCCUGCUCUCUUGAAAAUGGAUUAUGAUUUCCAAAAAGCUCCAUUAUACACCAGAAGAAACAGCUGGGGUUUUACAGGAGAUGCAGAACGCAAGAUAAGUGUUAUUCGUCAAUUUUGCGUUGAAGUUUCUGAUCCAGAAGUUCAUAGUAAGACAAGAACUCGAUCUCUUAGCAUAAGUCCAGCUGGAAAGAAUGAAAUUUGUGAUGAAAUGAAACUGAGAAAAAUUUCUGCAUUAAAAAUAUCUGAAGGAAAGCAUAAGGUGUUAGAUCGAUCAUCGUUUUAUGAUAAAGAUGUAGCUAAUUCCCUCGUGGAGAUGCAUGAAGAACCUGAUUCCGCCAUAGAGCAUUCAGAUGCAGAAGAUGAGAGUGUGAAGAAUUACUAUAUAGGUUCUCCUGAAGAAUUUGAAAAUGUCGAAAGUAAACAUAACGAAGAACUAGCUGCAACAAAAUCUCUUUCUAGUAUCAUGGGACAAGAUCUUGGUCAUCAAAGUGACAAAACUCCUGUCUCUGCAAUUUCUGAGCAAACGUCAGAAAAUGCAGACGAUAUUUCAAAAGGGAAUUUUGAAAAGAAUUCUGUCUUGGCUGACUUUUCUGCGAAAAGUCAUGCUUCAGAUGAGCAUCAUAAAUUCCCCAAAAAAGAUGCAGAGUGCCAAGUUUUUGAACUAAAUAAUUACGAACAAAUAUAUCCUGAAAAGUGCGUAAAGAAAUUUAAGGCAGAUUACAUUUGUAGCAGUUGUGGACAGCGUAGUUCAUUCAUUGAGAAAAGGGAUGCUAAGCAGAGAAUUAUUAGAAAUAAGAGUCUGAAUUUAGCAUUAAAUGUAAAAAAGCACAGAAAGAAACAAUCGAAACAUGUUCUUCAGUUUCAGCUAGAUAAUAGAAAAGAAAUUCGUGAAAACGCGGUGAACAGCAAAGACCCUAAUCUAUUGAAAAAUAAUAAUAGUGUUGCAAAAUCCGCGGUUAAAAACAAGAAAAGUAAUUCUAAAAUGAAAAAGACCUUUCGUGAUGUAUAUUCUACAUUUUCAGGUCAAGAUACUAUAGUGCAGUCGAAAUUCUGCGAUGAGAAUUUACUUUCAGAAAAAAAUUCUGCUUGUAGUUUAGUUAUUUCGAAAAGGUAUUCAGGUAUUACGUCGUCGAAUUCUAGCUCCGUUGCAUAUAAUAAGGAACAUUCUGUAACUGAUACAAAUAAUCCUUAUUUGCCCACAGAACACCAGAAACAAAUAUGCCACAUGAAUAUUCCCCCUUCGAAUACCAAUCUCAAACCUGAGUGCAAUGAAUGUUCGCCAGAUGUAGAUGUGGGUAAAACCACUUCUUUCCUUGCAAACAGUAACUAUGAAACGGAUUUCGAAAUUACGAAUUCUGCAUCUAUAAAUCAAGGUGGUAUUCAGAGUUUAGAAGAGCACUCAAUAUACAGAACUUGGGCAGAUAAAAAUGAUGCAAAAGAGCAAAAAUGUUCUCUUUCGCAGUCGCAGGCUACGCUGACAUUUUGUGAGAACAAUUCAAAAAAAGAAUUAUCGAAACAACCACAGCUAAAAACCUAUACAUUACUACCUCUCAAGCAAUUUCAUUUCAAACAGUUUGAUCCUCUAGAAAUCAACAAAGAUUCCAGUCCAGUCAAAAGCCGAAUCCUACAAUGGGAAAAUACUCUGUCGACAACGGAGCAAAAUGAGCCAAAAAAUAGUUUGAGAUAUUCAUCAAGGACAAAUCUCGUAGGCAUCAAGGACAAAGUGAAAUUUUGGGAAAAUACCAACAUUAAUGAAAAUUACAAUGAUUUUCCUGAAAGUCCUUCGAAGCCUGAAUUUCCUUGCACUUCAGACUUGACACAAGCACAAAAGUGUAAUGAUUGUGAAAAGGAGGAACACGAUGAAAUUGCAGAUUCUUACAGCUCAGGAAUGCAAUGCCUGGAUCAAUCAUUACCUGCUGAGCCAGUUUUGCAUACCCCUGCAAAAAGCAGUUCUUCAGACAACGAAGACAGAAUUUCAAGCAAAAAAUACAUGGAUGAAAAAUUUUCCAUGUCUCAAGACAUUUCACCCAGUACUCGAAGGAAAAGCUUCAGCGAUCCGGGAAUUGUUGGAGUCUCAAAUGAAGAUACAAAUGGUUUUAAUGAAGAGUAUCUAAAUCAAAGUCUUUUUUGGAAUUCGAGCAAAGAAGGUAUUUCACCUUCAAAUGAGACUAACACUGCAGAAUACUUCACGGAUGAUGAGGAUUCCUCCACAGACCACUUCAAAUCAUCCACAGAAGACGAAUACAUUGAUGACGAAAUUUCAGAAAAUCCGUCCACCUUCUGGGGAGAUAUGAGUCUUGUCAAAGGUUUGACGCUCAUUAGCAGUUUGACUCAAAAUGACGAAUUUUCGGCCUUUGGCUCGGAAUUUUUUAAAUCCCAGUUCAAAAAUUUUGAAUCAUAUCCUUCAGAGUGCAAAGUUUUUGGAAUUGCCACCUAUUACGGGCAUGUAGCUGUAAAAAAUAAGUUUCAGGUUUUGACCAAAGCAGCUGGUCAUGGUAAUUUAUCAGCAAGCAUUCAAGGAUUCGGCGUUCAUGACGUCACUUCAAUCAGCGUUGUGUACACGUAUAAGGACAUCUAUGACGUCACCUACCAAGUAUCAAAUCCAGGUUAUUACUUAAUUUCCGUACGCUGGAGGGAACAUCAAAUUCCUGGAAGCCCAUUUCUGUGUAAAAGUCACCUUUUAAACGAUGACAUCCACAUCAAAAGAAACACAGAAAAAGUGAAACACACAAGUUCUCCAAAGGAUUUUCUGUCGCAAGCAUAACGGGCACGCCAAACAAAAAGCAAUUCAUAGCUUAUAGCCCGAUACGGCUCGAUACGGCUCUCGCAGGCAAUUUGUGCGGCUCAUGCAUAUAAAAUAUAUGUAUGAAAUAUGGUAAGCUAAAACUUACCAUAUUUCCAAAAGGAAGUAAUUAAUUAGUUUAGACUCUUUUUACAAAGUUAUCAGGGAUUUCUUUCUAUUUAAAUCCUCCUCUACUACUUCUAUAAUGAUGUAAAUAUGAACUUGUGGCUUUUAGAAAAUCUAGAUGCGGCUCUCGAACAUUCUUGAAUUCAAAUGUACGGCUCUUACCGACAUGACGUUUGGCCAACCCUGGCUUACAGCAUUCUUGCAAUGAUUAUAAUCAUUUGGCUUAUGUGCAUAAUAUAUAUUUAAUGAUAAAAUGGAUAAUGAUUUUACCUAAAGAAUCAAACUGCAGUGUGUUUGAGUGUAUGAUCAAGCUAUUAGAAGAACUGAGAAGUAUCAGUGAAAAUUACAUGACAUGAUAAAAUGCUUUGCAUCGUGUAUUUAACAUGUAUAAGUAUGUUAUAUAUUUUCUAUUGGUUACUAGAUUUUAAUGUAUGUAUGUAAUAUAUGACACAUUUUAAACUACAUUAUACUGAUUAAAGUGUGCGAUAUGGAUCAGAAAUGGAAAAUU